AUGGUCGAGAAACGAGAAUACGAAGCAAACAAUCCGUCACAAAUAGAACGUGGCAAACAUGGAAUGGCUAUGACCUACGAUCUUUGGCUGCGAAUUAAAUCGGACGGAAAGGUCUUUGUGGAAGAUGAAGAAAUUGGAAAUGAGAGGAUAGGAUGUAAAAAAUUGAUUUUGUGUCCAACAGUCGAAGUCCAACUCGGAAAACAAAGUAUCCUGGAAUUUCGUACUCUCCACGUGGGAGGUUAUUUACAUGCUGGUGAAGAAAUUCCACAUUUCGUCGGUCAACUUCAACAAAUCUGGUUCAACGGCUAUCCAUACCUGGAAAUAGCAAGGAGUUCAGGAAAUUAUCAAGCUUCUCAUCAAGGUGUAACACCGAUCAUCAGGGUCACAGGGAAAUUUGGUAAAAGGAACCACCCGGUGCAUUAUCCAGUCACUUUCACGUCGAAACAUACGUUUGUUGGGUUACCUGUUCUGAAAGCGUAUGUGGAAACAAACAUUUACUUUCAGUUCAAAACACGCGAACCUAGUGGAUUGAUUCUGUUCAACGCCGGUCGAGAACGUGAUUUCAUCGCGGUGGAAUUGGUGGACGGACACAUUCACUAUGUAUUCGACCUAGGUGAUGGUCCUGUCAAGGUCAGAGAUAACUCGAGAUCCCGAUUGAACGAUGGAAAAUGGCACGCUGUCAGCAUAGGAAGACCAGCACCUAAAAGACACACGCUCGCUGUCGAUGACCAUGUCACUGCUGUGAACAGUCGGGGUAGCAACGAGAAUCUUGACCUAGAUGGAAUACUGCAUAUUGGGGGUGUCGAGAAAACCCAAUAUGGCCAACUACCGGAGCAGAUACUCAGCAAACACGGUUUCAAGGGAUGUCUCGCCUCGCUGGAUCUCAGCGGCGAAAGCAUCAACCUGAUUUCCGAUGCUGUUGUUCCGAGUUCCUUAGUAGAACAUGGCUGCAAUAUGUUCACCAGCCUUCACCUUGGGAAAAAAUGCACACACGAUUUGUGCGCGAACCAUGGCACAUGUGUGCAACAGCGGAACAGUUACACGUGCGAUUGCGACAUGACCAGUUUCAUCGGGCCAACUUGCAACGAAGAGGCCGUAGCUUACGAAUUCGGAGCCGGAAGAGGAAUCAUCACGUACACCUUUCCACCAGAUCAAAGACCGGAAAUGAAAAAGGAUAGAGUGGCCCUAGGAUUUGUUACUAGUGUGAAGGAUGCAGUACUUCUCAGAAUAGAGUCUGCUUCGAGCAACGAUUAUCUCGAAAUUAAAAUUGUGGAGGGAAACGUUUUCGCUGUCUAUAAUAUGGGAACAAACAAUCAUCCCAUAGGCGAGGACGGUGUGAAAGUGAACGAUAAUCAAUAUCACGUUGUCAGGUUUACUAGAACAGGACCAAACAGCACUCUACAGGUCGACGAUUACAACUUGCAGUCCAAUCAUCCGUCCGGUCGCCAAUUGUCGGUGUUCAAUAGCCAAUCGACCAUUCAAGUAGGUGGUCGGUGGAAUCGCAACACAGGAAGAGUAGAGAAGCCAUUUUUAGGAAUAAUUGCCGGUCUCGUCGUGAACGGUGCACGAAUUUUAGAGCUCGCUGCCGCGAUGGACAGAAGAAUUACAAGCAGAGGCGACGUUCAAUUACUUCCGGUUGGAAGCCUCUUGGAUCGAGCGGCUCCUUUGCAGAGAAUGCAACAGACGCCAGCGUCCGGUUUUCCGGGUGUUAUGGACGAUCUCAUAUUUUCCGGCGCAGGAAGUGGAUGUGCCGCUGACGACGAGGACGAAGAAUGCACUCCGAUCUACGAGCCUGGUUCCGACGACAUAAUAACGCCAGUUUACGUCGCCCCGACGAGGUCGCCGACGACGUACAGGCCGAAGCAUCACAAGGAGAAGAUCGUGGAACGUCCUUCAUGCGACGACGAGGAGGACUGCGAGGAUGGUUCCGGGGAACCCGUCACCACCGAGGAAAUCUUCGUCACAUCAGCUACCGAUUCCAGUUCGGUGGCGUACACGACUGCCCGCGAGUACACUAGCAGCCACAUCAGCACGCAAACGUCUCCUGGCUCGCCGUCGACAUCGACCAGGGACAUCGUCACCGUUUCUGUCCAGUACAAUGUGUCAACCACAGACCUCGAAACCAGCCACGCCAGUAGCGUCGUGACGCCGAGAUCGACGACCGUAACGACCCAAACAACAACCACGGAGAUGACGGAUCCACCUCCUCGGCCUCCACCCGAUGUACCGAUGUACCCGAUGCCGACCCCGCCGAAGAACAACAACAACAAGAGGAUAACAUCGGAAGCGGCAGAGAACGCGGCUCUGAUAAUCGGCAUCAUAGCCGCGGCAUUGAUCGCGAUCGUCCUCAUCAUCCUGAUCAUCCUGAAGUUCAAGAACCGUCCGGAGACCAGCUACAAGGUCGACGAGACGAAGAACUUCUGCCAGGACCCGAACGCUGCGCUGCUCGGGGCAGCCGGCUCCGGGCAGCCCUUCAAUGGCGCCCUGAAGAACGGCGCGAACGGCAGCAAAACCAACAAGAAACGAGAACUGAUAGACAUCAAAGAGUGGUACGUGUAGAGAUGGCCCGUCUUCGAAUCGCACUGCUUGAACCUCGUGUCCAGAUUUAAGUCCAAGAACUCGAGGAGACCGGUCGGUCUUGUGUUAAGUCGGUGCUGUGUUGGUUAAUUAAUGUUUGGACGUUAACGGUGCUGCUCGCGGACUAACGAUGUGCAUCGAGCGCGGCUACCGUUAUUCGAGAUGGCCGUCGGAGACGAAACAUAUCGGGAGAAGACCGGUUGAAGAAGUUCGUGGGCCAAGACUGAAACGUGAACACGCGUGAAUCCUCUUGAAGACGCGUCUGAACACCGGUGGAUCUUGAACAUGGCGGUUGAGUCUCAAUGAACGUAGCGAGCUGAAUCCUUGAAAUACGGCCGCGUCCUCCUGAAGAGAGUGAACUCUCGCGCCGGACCUCGAAUCAAGUGAAAUCAAACUUCUUCCUUGUUGCUAUGUAUUGUUAGUUGUGUAUUAUAUUCAUUGUAUAUGAAAGAUUUAUUAUCACUACGAUAGCGUUCACGUGCAUGGAUCCUUCUUUAGGUCACGUUGCCGAUGCUCUCCCGGCGAGGAAUUCUAGACACAAUUUCGCGCCGUAUUUCGAGGGUCGAACGUGCUUCGAACACGGUUAUGUGUGCGUGAGAGGCGAGCAAGUGUUGAAACUAAAAAUGGACGAAAGUAUCACACGAACCGAUGAUCCUAUCUAGCGUUUAACGAAGUCAUUGUUGUAUAGAAGAAAAGAGAUCCCCCGCCCCCUACCCUCAAAUGAAAUAAACACACAACACACAGAAAAUAUACAUACGCGAUAUUUAUCGAUUAUGUUAUGCGUGUAAAUUGUUUAUCAAAUUAUAGAUUUUAUUAACACAACAUCGGAGGAGAGUUGAGUGUACGUGUUACGUGUGUGUGCAUGUGGGUGCAGCGUGAAAGGGGCGUCCGCGUUGGUUUCAAAUGUGACGACACGUUGGUGUUAUUAUUAAUCGUAAGUUAUAACACGUCCUUACGGGCCGUGCGGUAAGAGUAAUUUAAACCGAUGAACGCUGUCGAGUAGAUGACACGUAGACAUAUGCAGAGAUUGCUUACACGUAUACACAGGGUGCGAACGUAUUGCCAAAAACGAGCGACCUUUCACCGGUCACCUUUAACCCUUUCGCGUACCAUUAUGUCCCCUUCGUUUUCAACCCCUUUCGUAUCUUUUAUUAUGUAUUCGGUGCUUAUUUGCUGUACACUCGGGUGCAACGUGGGCUAAAAAUGUCAAACAUUCUGGGAUCCUAGAAAUAUUCUGAGAGCCUAGGAAUAUUUUAAGGAGAGCCUAUUCUACGGAGGAAUACUCUAAGAAAAAUUCUAAAGAAUAUUCUAGGAAAAUUUACGAUUAGAAAUUGGGGAAUCUAGACCUAACCUCAACUUUAUCUACACUCUCGUAUAGUUGACCGUUGCACCUAACUGUACCAUUAGUGAUGGACAACUGUGUAUACCAGUGUUGUGAAUUCCUGUGCGGGCACUUCUGCCCAUCACUAACGAUAAGAGAUAUACAGGACCUUUCAAGUUCUCCUUGACAAAAUGCGGGGGUUUAUAAAAUAGGAAAUAAUGUUAUAAACGUUUUAUUAUAAAGUCACAGAUAAAUAAUCUUCUGUAUUUUAUCUAUACAUCAAAACAAACAUAAUUUUAACUUAUGUUGUAUAGAUUUUUUAUAAACAAAUUUUCUAAUUUUAAAUUUGAUAAGCAAACCUUACAAAUGAUCAAGUUAAAUUAUUGUACAACGUCUACGUAUGUAUAUUUUAUGGUAAAAUGGUAAAAUGUACACGUUGCACAUGUGAGAUGAAAUAAUGUACAUAUGUACAAUGUGACAGGGAAUUCAUGAUAGAAAUUUGAUAUGUUACUUUAAAAUUAUCCGGGUGUAACAAUAUCGUUAAAUUCUACAUCCUUUGAUCUUUAUGUGAUACUGUAAAAGGAUAGAUUUAUGCAGCGGUAAUUUUAUAUGACGAAGUGCAAAGAAUUAAUAACAGGAGAAAGAUGGGAUAAUUGAUCACAGUUCUUCGUUGAAUUUUGUAUUUGAUGUUUCGUUAUUUUCAUAAUGAUGAAGUUGUAAUUACGAAACAUUAUCUGUGAGUAGAAAUUAUCUUCCUAAAUUGAGAGUUUAAGUUAGGAUUUCAUAUGAAAUAAUAAAAAAUAAUUAACUUUUAACCUUUUACUUUAGACAAACAGCUGCAAAAUUAUUUUUAAAAUAUAAAACAUAUUGGUAAUGUAUUAAUAUCUCUGUGAUCAUGUAUCCCUUCUAAUCAAUUAUUUCUUCGCUCCCCUAAUUAAAACUCAGCAAACUUUCCGGGAACCUAUAAUUAGUAUGUAUAAUAAAUUCUGUGUAAUAUCGAUAUCAAAAUUGCGUACGUGUACAAGAAUCAUAUUUUCAAAUGUGACUAACAAUAAUAACAAUAAGUAAUAGUCCUUUUAUGAUAAUAAUUACCAUAAGUUACUGAAUAAUGAACACGUUACACCAAAGAUGAUCAUGAAACUUAUAUUUAAACAUUUAUAAGUCUAUUUUGAAACAUUUCGUAUAGAAAUCCACGCAUUUUGUCGAGAAACUUGAUCCUGUACUUUCUUUUUCCACGAAUGUAAAUUUGAAACGAAAAUCGAAAUUUUGGUGGUAGAAAGGGUGUAAAGGGUUGAUUAUACCGGCGCUUAACACGAGAUAUCGCGAAUAUUCGAAGCUGUUUUUUUAUGGCUCCGUCUUCUGCCCGUUAGAAAAUUGUCUGGAGGCUUCCUUCAAACUUAUGAAACACCGAUAAGCUUGCAUCGAACAGAGCUUCCUGUAAAAUCGACGAAUUAUCAGUGAAAUGUUACAUAUAUUUUCGUAUCACCCUGCUCGAUGUAUCCUCUGAUUUUCGACGAGGAUCGAAACUGGUGCUGACUUCUUCAUACCUGUGUUGCGUUUUUAUAUAAAAUAAUUUCAUUAUUGUUUCUAAUAUUUAGCUAUGUAAUUUUUUAUGAUUGAUAUAGUUUCUGAUGCUUUGGGAGUUCUAUUGUAGGUCUAGUGUUUUCAGGGCUAUCUGAUACAUUUUGAAAGACUUUGUAGUCUUUUUUUUCUAAUUUUUACAUAAUUUUUAGAUUCUCAAAUUCAAAAAUUACCAUGUAACUAAAUAACCAAAUAUUAUUACCAAAUUAGCGAAGAUCAAAAUAAUUAAAAAUAUAAAAUAAUUAAAUAACCAAAUGACCAAAUUACCAAAGAUCAAAAUUUCCAAAUUGCUAAAUAAUAAUUGUAGAAAAUAGAAAAUGCAGAAAAUAGGCUUUUUAAAAGAUCUACGAUAGAAUGACCCCUUAAAUACAAAAAGAAAAAUACCACACAAAAAUGUACAGUUUGCCUCGGAAAUAUAGUGUGGUUGUAAAUUAUACGUAUGUACUAAUGUAACCACGUUCAGGACCGUAUUUUAAGCUUCUUCCUUUAAGCAUAUAAAGUUACACCCUUAAAUUAAAUUAUAAUUUCAAGUUUCAGUACUUGAAGUCCUCCUUUGUAUUUGCUUAGAAAAAUCUAAAAAAUUUGCUUAGAAACCUAAGAAAUCUAACUAAGAAGUUCUUGUGGCAAUAAAAAAGGCACAGGUACAGCGAAGAGCAGCACUGGUCCAAAAAAAGAUCGUCAAAUAUAAAAACUGUACGCGUGUCUGUCUAGAAUAGCUCCUCAGUAAUUGUUAUCGCUAUUUCAAAGAUCGUUGCAAUGAAAACCAGACGAGUUCCCCAAAUUUCUGUACAGAUUCCUUUGAAGGGACCGACUCGUUAGCGAAUGCUUUCCAUCUUCGCGUCGUCCAUUUUGUAAUCGAAAGCAGUUCGCGGUAAAGCAAUAUGGCGGGUGGACCGCGAAAUUAACGGGAGUCCAUUGUAGUUAGGCUAAUUUAGGACGGUGUUUCCUACGAUUCUUCGUAGACGAAUUUGGAGAAUUUCAACGUAGACGAGAAACAAAGAAAUUCUUUGUGGAAACAAAACUGUGGACGAACUCAACACUGCGCGUGCACAAAAUGCUUUUCGUUCAAGAUAUCAAGAUAUUCGUUUUAAAAAAAUACUCUUAUAGCUUUCGUUCUUAUUGAGAACAUAAGGUUUAUUAUACUCGUAUAUGAAUUUAUAGACUACUGUGAUUUCAUUCGAAUGUACAUAUAAAUUCAAAAAGG